UUAAGCGGAGCAGACCAAAAUCCCAAACAAGGAAAUGGUGGGGGAAUAAACCGACCAGAUUAUUUAAUUAAUGCAUGUAAUAAUUAAUAUUUUAUUUUCUUGUAAAUUACGACGUAUUUAUGGGUUAGAAUGGAUUACGACUUCAAAACAAAGCUGGCUGCAGAGAGAGAGAAAGUAGAAGAUCUGUUCGAAUAUGAAGGUUGCAAAGUGGGUCGAGGCACCUACGGGCACGUUUAUAAAGCUAAGCGCAAAGACGGGAUAGAUGAGAAGGAAUAUGCACUGAAACAGAUAGAAGGCACUGGAAUUUCAAUGUCUGCCUGCAGGGAAAUUGCUCUGUUGCGAGAAUUGAAACAUCCAAACGUGAUUGCUCUCCAGAAAGUGUUCCUGUCCCACAGUGACAGAAAGGUUUCGCUCCUGUUAGACUAUGCCGAACAUGACCUUUGGCAUAUUAUCAAGUUCCAUCGUGCCUCCAAGGCCAACAAAAAGCCAAUGCAGCUGCCCCGAGGGAUGGUGAAGUCUCUCCUGUAUCAGAUUCUGGAUGGGAUCCAUUACCUCCACGCCAACUGGGUCCUCCACAGAGAUCUGAAGCCAGCUAACAUCUUGGUAAUGGGAGAAGGACCUGAACGAGGAAGAGUUAAAAUUGCUGACAUGGGUUUCGCAAGACUCUUUAACUCUCCCCUAAAGCCACUAGCUGACCUUGACCCUGUGGUGGUGACCUUCUGGUACAGGGCUCCUGAGUUACUGUUGGGGGCCCGGCACUACACCAAAGCUAUUGAUAUCUGGGCCAUUGGCUGCAUCUUUGCAGAGCUGCUGACGUCAGAGCCCAUUUUUCAUUGUCGCCAGGAAGACAUCAAGACCAGUAACCCCUUUCAUCAUGACCAGCUGGACAGGAUAUUCAGCGUCAUGGGUUACCCUGCAGAUAAAGACUGGGAAGACAUUCGGAAGAUGCCUGAAUAUCCAACGCUUCAGAAAGACUUUAGAAGAACAACAUAUGCAAACAGCAGCUUGAUCAAAUACAUGGAGAAACAUAAGGUCAAACCAGAUAGCAAAGUUUUCCUGUUGCUCCAGAAACUGCUCACUAUGGACCCCACCAAAAGAAUCACAUCAGAACAAGCACUGCAGGACCCCUACUUCCUAGAAGAUCCAUUACCAACCACUGAUGUGUUUGCUGGGUGCCAGAUCCCAUAUCCAAAGAGAGAGUUUCUCAAUGAAGAUGAACCAGAAGAGAAAGCAGAAAAGAACCAGACGCAACAGCACCAGCAGACAACAGGGCAGACUCAGACCCAGAACCAGCAACAAACAGCAGGCCAGCAGGCCCCAUCUCAGCAGAACUCAACCCAAACCAAUGGUACCUCUGGAACCACGGGAGCAAAUGCUGGCGGGGGUUUACAACAUGGCCAGGAACAGGGCCCCCCCAAUAAAAAAACCCGUAUCGGCCCCUCUGGUACCUCUUCAGGCACUGGAGUGCUUCAGUCAGAGUACCAGCACUCCACUUCCCGCCUUGGUUACCAAAGCAACGUCCAAGGUACCAAUCAGCCGCAGAGCACCAUGGGAUACACGUCGUCCUCCCAACAGAGCUCCCAGUAUUCUCACCAAACUCAUCGCUACUGAGGCACCAGGCCAGUGUUGAACCAGCAGAGGGUUGGACCUCCUACCCCUCCUCUAACCUCCACAGAUGUCACCAUUGGAUGCAACCAGGAAGUGGUUCCUUCAUCCUUGUUUGAAGUUUCUCACGGCAUUACAUCAUUCCGGUGUUUUGAUCUAUGGUCACAUGAAGGCAUAGCAAUUGGAACCAAAAAAGCAAAUACUGCCUGUCUGGGCUGGUAUCACAUUUUGGUGGAAUACAUAUGUGAAGGUGACCCUCACAUACUCCAAACUUAUGGCACUUAUGAACACAACGUUCCUCAUGAGGAAGGAUUGCAGCUCCUAUCUUUACCUUAUAUCGCACCUUUUUUCUAGUUGAUUUUUGAGUUUUGAAGCUUGAUGUCAGUGAAAAUAUUACAAUUGGAGGCCGAAAUGCCGCAGGAUAGAAAGCCCUUUAGUGUCGUCUAAAUCCAUGGAUAAUCAAAUGCAAACGAGCUUAGCCUGUCCUUUUAAGUAAGGGUUAAAAAAAAGGACAUUUCAAACAGAAAGCUCAGCUACUGGGCUGAUGAAAUUGCAGGGAAAUAUUGAAUGCGUCAUUUAACGUAAUCGUAUUCUAAUAAGGUUCCUAUAUUCGUAGCUCGAAUGUACAGAAGGAAAGUAGUUGUCUUUUUACUGAAAGUUGUGUACAUCCUGAUCCACUCUGUUUCAUACCAGUAACCGCUCAGCCCCAAACUGGAGGAUCGUGGGAGCGUGUUCUUGUGUGUAGGCUGCCAGUGGACACGUAUUUCUGAACUUGAGCGUGCGCAUAAACGUCCAAGGCAGCUAAUGGAAUGCACCUGCCCCACCAACCCCACCUCGUAUGAUUCAUGAGACUGUUACUGACUGAUGUCAAAUUGUUUUUUUUGUUUUGUUUUUUAUUGUUACUGUUAAUGCUGUGUGUGUGAGUUUUUGGGUGGAUGGGUGUUUUAUGGAUGUUUUACCUUUGACUCACUAGAAAUGCACUGACUGUCAAAGCGAUCUGCAAAAGAGCUAGAAGAAAUGCUCAUGGGCCCAAACGUCUCAUCCCGCCCCACCCUGCCCCUCAGCCUGAGUAUGCAGUUUGGUCGGGACCUGUGUCACCUCUAAACGAAAAACAUGGGUGUGUUCUUUAAUGCAACAAAAUGAGUGACAGCCACUAAUCUCAGUCCUGGUCUACUCUACGGAAUACCUGUGUACAUUACUAACCAAAAGUCACAAGGGCAUGUUGUUUAAAUGGGCGAUGGGACACCACCCUUGUUUGCAUGCCACUGCCAAACUGGUGCUGUUGAUACAGGACAGGAACACUCAACAAAAAUAUAAAAAGGCAAGCUGUGCUUCUUUAAAACAUGCACUACAUCUUCACAGAGAUAAAUGAAGAUCCUGCAAAAGUGUGGCAUAAGAAGACCCAACAUUUAUCAGAUUUUUACCAAGAAGCCAGCAAAGACAGAAUACUGCUGCAACUGCGUGCACUUUUACAUGGAAAUGGCCUGCUAACUACUCAGCAACUAUGUAGUUGUACACGCACCCCAAAAAAAAAAAAAAAUCAUGCAAUGUAGAGAAUGUGUAAUGACUUUUUCCAGUCCAUUAGGAUUCCUGAAAACCUGACGAUUUUUGCCAAAAGAGCCAAUGUGAGGUGAUUAAAUCAGUCAGGUGAUUAACUAGUCAGGCCCAAGAUAACUAAUCUGGACAAAUCACACGAUCUCAUACUUUAUCUAGUCAGGCGGCCAUUUCAAGUUGAAGGUCCUGAAUGUGUUACAUACAGUAUUUGAUAAUAAUGGGAGAAAAGGGGACCUUCCACUGUGUAUUAUUUGAAAAUACUUGCACUGAUACUAAUUUUUAGGGGCUGCCCCUACUUGAUUCGUGCUAUUUUAAUAAAAGUAUAUUUAAGCUUCUUUCAACCCCAAAUUUUUAAUAUAUAUACUUAAAAUCUUAUUUUAAAGUUUGAAUGCAGCACAAUUGAUCCUGCUAGUGUAUUCAACGUUAAAGAGGGCACCCAAUUCAGUGACAUGCACUAUUUUGAGUGGCGGAAGCGUCAGGAUAUCAAAAUAUCAUAUAAAAUUGGGCUAACGCUGACACCAAGUGGCUAAAGAGAGAAUUGGACUUGUUCUCAUCCCACCUUCAAGGUGCCUCCUGUCGAAACUGUUUGACUCCAGUUGCAGUCGAAUCCACAUCCAUCGGAUCUCCUUCAUACGAUGGGUCUUACACACUUUUAUUCAAACUUUCACCUUUGGAAAACAUUGGAUAGUUUGCAAUUGCACCUUUAUCAACCAAGCUUGCUCAUUUAAUAUUUGAGGGGAUCGAAAACUCUUGGGUUCAAUGUAAGAAUUGGAAGUUGUAGAAAGGGCACUUCGUCGUCAAUUCCAACCUUACACUGAGUAUUACUGGGAACGUAUGGUAUCUGAGACAACUCCUAUGCAAAUAUAAUAUUCAAACUCGAGCUUUUGUGUGUUGAGGUUUGAUUUUUCAUGGAUGAUGUGUAUAUUUUCAUCACGUGUGUAGGAGUACACCAGUCCAAAACAGCAUGUGUCCGCUCUUUUUUUUAAAUUGCGCUCUAAAUGAAUUAUUGUAAAGUGUGUGUGUGUAGUAUGGAUCAUAUACAAUCAUAUUUAUUGUGUCCAUCUAUGAAUAGAAGAGUUUUUUUUUAAUUUCCUCUGCCUUAAUACAUUACCUAUAGAAAGGGACCUGUCAGAUACCACUUUUAAUUUUUGUAUUAUUAUUUUUUCCUGCAGUAGUGACUGAAUGUGUUCAAGGCACCUCAGUAAAUAGUAGAAACAAGAUCUAACAUUGGAUUCCAGAGUUUGGUGGUGGUGAGGUUUGUUUGUUUUGUUUUGUUUUUUGUUUUGUUUUUUUACAGGGGAGGUGUGGAUGGUGCCUUUUGUUUGUAACCUAUCAAUGUUAUUUUUAUUUGGAAAUAUAUGUCCUUUUGUACUCUCAUUUCCCUCAUCAUAGUCUUUUUUUUUUUUUUUUACAAAGUGGACUCUAGCUCAUUAAUAUUUAGAAAAAAAAACGGACAUCUUGAUACAACUGUCAUUGAAUGUUAUUUUAUUUUUUUGACGCCCUGUUAUUUCCUACCUACAGUGAAGAAAAUAAGUAUUUGAGCACCCUCCUAUAUUGCAAGUUCUCCCACUUAGAAAUCAUGGAGGGGUCUGAAAUUUUCAUCGUAGGUGAUGUUCACUAUAAGAGAGAAAAUCUAAAAAGAAAAAUCCAGAAAUCACAAUGUAUAAUUUUUUAACUAUUUACAGUAUUUGUGUGAUACAGGUGCAAAUAUGUAUUUGAACACCUAUCAGCUAGAAUUCUACCCUCAAAGAUCUGUUAGUCUGUCUUUAAGAGUCCAUCUCCACUCCAUGUAUUAUCAUGAAUCAGAUGCAACUGUGUGAGGUCGUUAGCUGUAUAAAGACACCUGUCCAGCCCAUACAAUCAGUAAUACUCAAACUUGUAACAUGGCCAAAACCAAAGAGCUGUCCAAAGACAUAAUUGUACAACUCCAAAUGGCUGGAAAGGGCUACGGAGAAAUUGCUAAGUAGCUUGGUGAAAAAAGGUCCACUAUUGGAGCAAUCAUUAGAAAAUGGAAGAAGCUAAACAUGACGGUCAAUCGCAAUCGGAGUGGAGCCCCCUGCAAGAUAUCACCUUGUGUGGUCUCAAUGAUCCUUAGAGAGGUGAAGAAUCAGUCCAGGAGUACACCACAGGACUUGGUCAAUGACCUAAAAAGACCUGGGACCACCGUAUCCAAGGUGACUCUUGGUAAAACACUAAGACGUCAUGGUUUGAAAUCAUGCAUGAUACAAAAGGUUCCCUUGCUUAAACCAGCACAUGUCAAGGUCCAUCUUAAGUUUUCCAAUGACCAUUUGGAUGAUACAGAGGAGUCAUGGGAGAAAGUUUUGUAGUCAGAUAAGACCAAAAUUGAACUUUUUGGUCAGAAUUCCACUAACAGGAAGACGAAUGAUGAGUUCCAUCCCAAGAACACCAUCCCUACUGUAAAGCAUGGGGGUGGUAGCAUCAUGCUUUGGGGGUGUUUUUCUGCACAUGGGACAGGACGACUGCACUGUAUUAAGGAGAGGAUGACCACAGCCAUUUAUUGUGAGAUUUUGGGGAACAACCUCUUUCCCUCAGUCAGAGGAGUGAAGCUGGAUCUUUAAACAUGACAAUGACCCAAAGGACACAGCCAGGAAAACCAAGGAGUGGCUCCGUAAGAAGCAUAUCAAGGUUUUGGCGUGGCCAGUCUCCAGACCUAAACUCAAUAGAAAAUUUUUGGAGGGAGCUUAAACUCCAUGUGUCUCAGCGACAGCCCAGAAACCUGUCUGAUCUAGAGAAGAUCUGUGUGGAGGAGUGGGCCAAAAUCCCUCCUGCAGUGUGUGGAAACCUGGUAAACAACGACAGGAAACAUUUGACCUCUGUAAUUGGAAACAAAGGCUACUGUACCAAAUAUUAACAUUGGUUUUCUCAGGUGUUCAAAUACUUAUUUGCAGCUGUGUAACACAAAUAAAUAGAAAAAAAAAUCAUACAUUGUGAUUUCUGGAUUUUUCUUUUUAGAUUAUUCCUCUCACAGUGGACAUGCACCUACGAUGAAAAUUUCAGACCCCUCCAUGAUUUCUAAAUGGGAGAAUUUACAAUAUAGCAGGGUGUUCAAAUACUUAUUUUCUUCACUGUAUUAAGUGGUAAAUUCAAGUUUCUAAAAUGUCCGGAUUUUGACACUAUAAUGUACUGUUGAUAUGGACAAAUAUACGCUUGUAUUAAAAAAAUCUCCAAUUUCCUCCUUUUUGAUAGUAUUUGCAUGUGCCUGUCAUUUUUUUCCAUAGAAAUGAUGAAAAAUAAUUGUUGUCCACUCUAGAGUUUGUACAGACAAAUGGACACCCCAUUUGCAGCGCUGCCUCAGUGAUGCAUUCAAUGGCUGUUGGACAAUUUAAAGGCAUUGUUUGACCAAUAUCCCAAUUUUCCAUCUUGCAUGCUAAGAAGUAGAAUGCUCAGUGAAUUGAGUUGGCAGAAUUUUUUUUGCUUGGUGUAUUGUGUGCCCCCCGACCCCACUUUUUACAUUUUACCACACAGUUUUUAAAUAUUCAUAUGGUCUUCUAUGUAUUGUCUUUCCAUAGUGAUUAUAUCUAAAGCAGCAAUAGCUCACCACAGGAGAACAGAAUAUGUAAUCGAAGAACACAUUUAUGGAGAUGAUUUUUGUGAAUUUGUUCAAAUUCCACUGUACAAAUGACUAUUAAAUGAGAAAGAAAGUCAUGUAUAUUUAUUUUAUAUUCUCUAUCGUGAUUAAAAGAAUCUCUUUUGUCUGGAUCCCUUG